AUGCAGGUUCUUCUUGAAGAAUCACAACAACUUGCAAGUUUAAUAACUUUAAAUGCUGAAAUUGAGUAUGCAGAUUAUAAGUCUGAUAAACAAUCAAAUGAAUUUAAAAAGCAGUUAGAACUUUAUAAAGCCAAGGCAAAAUUUUUAAAUAGUUGA